GUCUAUACAGUGGCAGCAGGAAUUGAAUCGGCGGUAUACAUGCAACAUGGCAGAAUGAACAAGAUGGAACGAGGAGAACGCUUCGGCGGAAAUAUCUGUUGCUCGAACUUGGCGAAUCCCCAUCUUUUGGCGGUCGAGGAUCAAGAACAUGCUUCGCAAGAAGUAACCGCUGCUCUUGAACUUCAGAACCGAGCAGUGGGAAGACGACGGAGACGAGCCGUCGGUCCGUCGGCCAGCUCAGCCAGCUACCGAGGGCACGGUCUCGCAGCAUGGGCACGGGCCAUGCUGCACGUCCUGUCACCUCUUUAUGACAUUCUGUUAAUCUUCUGUUGGAGCAGUUCACUCCCCUUCGUCCUCUACACGUCCAGCUCCUACGACUAUGCCCAUACUCACCAUGCAUCUGCCCCAGCUGUCGUACAGGCGGCACGUCGCUCUUUUGGUGGCCCUUGUCCUCUCCUCCCUCAUUCUAGUGUACGUCCUCUCGCGGAACUGCUCACUCAGCACGCUCAUCACCUUCUCGUCGCCCUUCAUUCCAAGCAUCUCGUUCCUUCGCGGCCCCGCCUCGUUCGGCGUGUUUGGCUACUGCGAGGACGGCUGCAUGCGUGGGGCUCCUUACGAGUGGAGCCCGGCGAUCAACGCCUCGCUCACGGGCGUAAUGCUUCUCUGGCCUAUCUGUGCGUUCGUGGGUGAGGAGCAGUCUAACGCAGGUAUGGCAAGCAAUUUCCUUGCGCUCGUCGUGAUCGGUUUCUCCUGCGUGCCUGGGAGCCAAGUCCCGUUCUAUCUCGCCAUGGGCGUCAGCACCACUACCAUGUACCUUGCUUGGCUCCUUGGCAUCUUCGGCUGGAGUAUGGCGCGGCGCGGUCUCGCGAUCGGCGAAACCAAGUCAGAACUGGGUUCGUGGGUCGUCGGCUGGCCAGAGCCGCCUGUUGGCGUGACGGAGCGCAAGACUCGAAGGAAAACCGUGCGCCAUAGAGGACACGGGCCUGCGCAACAGACGGACGAGUAUUACCAUUAUAGACGCACGACGCGCGAGUUCACGCCUGCGACGCGCGUGUGA